AUGAAGAUGGCGGUGGACGCUGAACACCAACAUCCGCCUUUCUGUGCCGAAGUGCAGAACCAGCGAAUACCUCCAAUACCCUCAAAGCCUGAACAACCAUUGACGAAUGGUGAUCUGAAUAACACGGCGUCUGUGCGCAUAACUUCGAAACCUGAGCGUCAUCCUGAUUUUGCCUACCGAUUUCUUUCCAUUUCGGCAGAUAUGGAUGAGCCUACGAUCCGUUCGAAAUAUCGACCGUUCCUACUCCCGGAUACUGUCCAGCUGCAAGAUUGGAUCAGUAGACUGGAGCUUGCCACCGUGACUGAAUUGGUGUACAACGACUUGAGAGUAACAGGAGAGAGGAUCAAAGUUUUGAUAUUAUACGGGAGUCUUCGUCAAAGGGAAGACAACCUGUCCUACUCAAAACUUCUCGCCUUUGAAGUCGCUCGUAUACUCUGGCGGCUCGGUUGUGACGUGCGCGUCUAUAACCCACAAGGUUCACCUGUCAAGGAUGAUGACCAGCACAACCAUCCAAAGGUACAAGAGCUUCGAGACCUCAGUCGCUGGAGCGAUGGACACUUCUGGGUAUCACCGGAACAACAUGGUAACCUCACAGCUGUCUUCAAGAACCAAAUUGACUGGAUCCCUUUAAGUACAGGAUCGGUGCGGCCAACACAGGGACGCACCUUAGGAUUGGCAAUGGUCUCCGGGGGAUCACAAUCUUUCAAUACGGUCAACAGUCUGCGGGUUCUAGGCAGAUGGAUGCGAAUGUUCACCAUCCCGAAUCAGUCAUCAGUUCCGCAGGCCUACACCUUAUUCACAGAUAAGGAUGAGGAUGAAGGCGGGUCGAGGUUAAUGCCAGGAGGUAAUCGAGAUCGACUGUUCGAUUGCGCUGAGGAAUUUGUGAAGUAUACCGUUAUUAUGCGGCCGCACUUCGCCUUGUUCAGUGACCGAUUUAGUGAGCGAGAGCCGCUGGUCAUAAACUAA